AUAUAUUCAUGACAAAUAUAAUUUUAUAAUUUCAGGAUUUCGAAUUGAUAGAUUCUUCUAAACGUGAGGCAGCUUUUCGCUUAUCAGGAUGAAGUUUCGUCAAAUAAGUUUCAAGUCGUUCCAGAAGACUAAAAGUAAAAAGAAAAAGACAAAGGAAGCUUCAAUUGAUCAACAACCUUCACCUGUCGACGACAAUGACAACCUCGUAAUAGCCGCCGACAGCUGCAAAUAUUUCGACGUCGCCCAGGACAUAUCUCUUCGCUGCUCUCUUCGUAGAUACAAAACAUCUGUUACUCCACGUAACAAAUACGUUAUCACAAACCGGCGAACAGCCAUUUCAGACGACGAGGAAGAAACCGACAAUGGUGUGCUAUACGAACUCGACGAUAUAGACAAAGUUUUGAAUUCAGUCCGUAAGGAGCGCACACGCAUCAAAACAAAUCCUUGGAUCCCUCCGCGUAAAUCUGUGCACGAAGAAGACUUGAUUGAUCUUGUACCGGAAGGUGCCAACGCUCAGGAUUAUUUGAAUGUUUGUAUCCUAGCUGAAGAGGCGGGAAAAUCUUAUAAUUCUACAGAAUCUACCCUGACAGCACCCGACAAUCUAAGGAUACAAAAGCGUGUAAAAAGACAGCUAAGUUUAACUGAUCUGAACAUUAAUCGAUGGUCUAUUAUCUCUGAAGGUGAUGUGGAUAUAGAACUCAAUUCUCCUACAAUUGAAGAACUGAAUGAACGAUUUUCAAACAUAGAUUACGCUAUUGAUUUCAAAUACGAAGAAAAUAUUGACAAUAUCCUGGACGACGAAAUGGCGGUAAAACUUGCUAAAAGACUUUCUGUCAAUGAUUUAUUGGAGGACUAUAGUGAGGUAUCAUCCGAUACAUCUAACAGUAGCAUGGAAAUCUCAGACAAUACCAGCUCUACUGGUUCAUACAGCAGUGAAGGGUCCAUAGAAAACCAACUUCCGGUUUACUCGACAAAGUUUGUAGAACGACCUGACCGAAUGGAAGAAUCAAUCGAUGCUGGUUAUUCAAGUCUCAGCCGCGACUCACGAUUCCCUUCAACAUCUGAUUCCGAUAAUGCUGAACAUUCCGAUAGUGACAUUGAAGAAGAAUCAAAUAUGACUCUUGUUGAAAGCGCAUGUGCAGAAUGUGAUUCCGCUAGAACGAUUCCAGACAUCAGAAACAGUCUACAAGACAAAGUGAGUCAACUAAGAGCUGAGAAAAUGAUCGUUGAGGAAAAAAUCCGCGAAGCACAAGAAGACGAUAUAAUUCGUUUUAAAGAAACCCAGCGAUUGCGACGCCAUCUACCUGGUUACAAAAAACAGAUGUUGUUGAAAACAUUGACCAGUCUGAAGGAAAGACUUGAAAAUCAAAGCCAAAGAUUACAGAAAAGUUAUUCAACCGUAUUAUCAAUGCAAAGAAGAUUUGCUCAGAGACAUAAUCCGUUUUUCAUUGUCCCAAACACAAACUUUAGUUGAGAAAAGUAGUACUAUCGCGGAUGAAUAAUUAGUGCUAUAUGUAUGAUUGUAUGUAAAUAUGAUGAAUUAUUAUUUAUUUAUAAUGCUCUAUAGAUGAGGAAUUCAAAAUACAGAACAAAGUGAUCAUAGAGCUAGGAAAACAACUCGUUGUAAACUUUUCAUUUUCUGGACUAUUUUCAAUAUAAAUCAUGUGUCGUCUGCAAAGACUGACUGUUGUUUAUUUGUUGUUACUUUUGAACUUAAUCACAGUUCAAACAUUGUUUAUGUUGUGUGGUGCUUGUACAAAAUUAAUUAUUUAUUGAAUCUCUAUAUAUAAAAUUUGAAUGAUA